GCAUAGUGGUUUAGGAAGUUUAGGAAUACCAUACCCCUCAUCGUGACUUAAUCAGCGCGUCAGUAUGGAAACUCUAGACGUCGUACAGAAUAUCUGCCUAUAUAUAUGGGAAGGGUAGUCCAGGAAUAGGUAGCCAAGAACAUCGAACCAUAGUGAGUUAAAGCAAAAUAUCAGAUAUCAACAAGACAUCGAACACAAUUAUCUUCAGACGAAAUGGCUUCUUCAACAAUGCACGCAGUUGGUGUAGCACAGUAUGGUGCUAUCGCGAACUUGCAAUCGAGAGAAGUUCCCAAGCCGUCGAAACCAACUGGUCGCGAAAUGCUUGUUCAGGUCAAGGCCAUCUCUGUCAAUCCUAUUGAUAUGAAGGUCCGAGCUGGCACAUACGACGACCCCCCUGAUUACUACGAACGAGUCAAGUCGCUCUUGCAAGAGCCACCUCACUUCCACAUCAUCGGCUAUGAUGGCGCAGGGAUUGUUCUCGAAACGGGACCGGAUGUGAAGUACUUCAAGCCCGGAAACGAAAUCUUCUAUCUCGCAAACCCCGUCAAACAAGGCACAUAUGCCGAGCAAGUACUCGUCGACGAGCGCCAUGCAGGCCACAAACCGGGUUGCGUGGACUUCGUUCAGGCUGCGGCGAUGCCGUUGACCUAUGCAACCGCGUACGAAUCUCUCGUCAACCGACUGGAAAUCAAAGAGGGCGAGAAAGCCGCAAUCCUGAUUAUCAACGGUGGUGGGGGUAUGGGAUCCAUUGCUUCACAAAUCGCUCGAUAUGUCUGCAAGUUGCCCGUUGUCAUCACGACAGCUUCAAGGCCGGAAACUAUCGCGUAUACCAAGAAGAUGGGCGCAACGCAUGUCGUCAACCACCGCGAGGAUAUCGUCAAACAAAUCCGAGCGCUCAACCUUCCGGCUGACACACCCUUGAAAUACGCUUACAUCACUUCGCGAACGGAGCAAUACCUCUUCCCCAUCGCCGAAGUUAUCGCGCCAUUUGGCAAAAUCUGCAGUAUUGUGCAGGCCAAGUUUGACAUGUACGGGUCGCAGAUGAUGGGCAAGUCCCUGACGUUUUCAUGGUGUUGGUUGGCUUCAGGUGCUUACCACCAUUAUGUAAAUGACCAGGAAGAGAAGCACCACGAUUGGUAUGAACAGCUAGGUCAGUAUCUUGGUGAUGGUACGAUCAAAUGUCAUUUGAUGCAGCGGCUUAAGGCUACGGCGGAGGGAAUCAGAGAGGCGCAUAGGAUCCUGGAUGCUGGGACUGCUAUUGGGAAGAUGGCGCUUGGCGUUGAUGAGCCUGGUUUAGAGGAGGCGUUUUGUUAAUUGUGAGCAUUGGGGUUGUAGUAUUUAGCAGAAUGUAGCUUUAUCGAAUUAACAUAAGCGGAUAGUAUGCGUCCAGGAGGUU